UGUGUUGUUGUUAUGUUUUGUCGCAGUGUGUGCGGAAGCAGCGCGGGUUUCUAAGAAACAGCCACUGCAGCGAUGCUUCCAUGAGCAGACCAGAUUCAUUUGGGAUAUAUACCACUUGGAUACUUGUUCAAACAUAAUGUUAUUGGACUGUUGAAAGGCAAGGGUUUGCCACGCCGUCAAGGGCUCCGGUUCAACCAAGUGAUUAACAUCAAAAUGCCCCGUACCGUGACGUCAUCACCCGUGAGAUGGAUCAGCAGGCGACACCAAAGGUUGUGACGUUAUAUGAGUGCAUAGCGUUUCUUUCAGACUUUCUGGUUGUGCUUGGACAUAAUACGGACUAAACGUUUAUAACAGCCUUUUUACGUCACUGAAGAGGAGUGAAGUCUGGGACGUUUCAAAGCGGUUUCAGUUUUAGUUGCCAGCCUAGACUGCUAUAUUUUAACAAUUGUCAGUGAAAGAGUUUACUCUUUAACCUUUGUUUGAAUUUCUGACCAAGACAGUUAUUAUUUCCUUUGAGUUUCUGAUGCGUCUAAAGAUGAAAACGUGCCUUCUGUUUGCCAUCCCAAGAUAAUGAGCGAGAUCUGAAGUAAUUUCCUGGAGCGGGUUUUGAAUAAAAGGAUAUCCGGCCGGAAGCAGGUCGUGUUACGAAUCAGACCAGGAGUUCUGUCCCUCUUCCCAAACCGUCGGAGAUUCCAGACGUCGUCUGAUAAUGGCGAGCGCCUCUAGCUGGACGAAGGCCAGAUUCUGACUCGUCGUCUGGCUGCCGGCUACCGGAAGUAACGCGUGAGUGCCAGAGAUUCCGAGAAGACGUGAGGAAGAGAGAUGGUAGAAUAUUUUAAUUAUUCUUAUUAUCCUAUCAGAUCGUCGAGGCAGAUGAAAUAAUUCUUGAGGAGGACUAUAGAGAAGUUAUAACCCCACAGAAGUGAAAAAAAAAUUGUGAAGUGUGAGGAUAUAUAGACAAAAAAAAGAGGCCAACCGGAUAAAGGGAAAAAUCACGCGCAAUUUCCUGAAAGAGAUGCUCCGGAAAGGGGCAAUUCUCAGACGUCCUACGUAGUCUCGACCGAGAAUAGAUUGGUGCGGUUAUUGUGCGCUGGAGAUUUCUUUCUUUGUGCUCCCGUGGAAGGCUUGUUGGAUUAUAUAGGGCAUACACCCCGGAGUGCUAGAGAAACAGGGAGAUAAUCGGAUACUGGCGUGUCCGGAGGACGAUUCCAAGAUGGCCGCCGUGAAGGAGUACUCCGGUGAUCCCGCCCUGGAGGAAGAAGAUAUCCGCGGCGACGGCAAGAAGAAGAAGUUCAAGCCCCUGUCUGCCGUGAGGAAACUGUUUGGGAAAAAGCGCAAAAAGGAGGAAAGUGUUGUAGCAGUGAAGGCCCAGUCUACCACAGCCCUACACUCGGAGUAUGUGGAAGAAGAGGAUGACGAUGGCGGCUUCAAGACCCACCAGAAGCCGCUGUCCCUGUCUGGCACAAGGAGCAUCUCUGAGGACAGCGUCUUCUCCCCGGAGGCCAGAGAGGCCAACAUCAGCGUCUUCCCCAAGUCAGCUGUGUCCGAGGAAAGCUUGCCCAAGUCAGCCUUCCAGCCAACACCAUCCGGAAAGAAGUCGAGCAACCGAGACAGCGACCAGAGCCUCAUCAGUGUUGACAGCUCCGAGAACGAGGAGGAGGACUUGUUUACAGCCAAGUGGAAAGCUUCCGUCCCCUCUAGAAAAUCUAACAGCGAGUCCAGUCUCAGUCAAGCCAAGAUGGAUUCUCUUGACUUCACUGGCAUAGAGAAGACAGAGGUGUUGAAGAGCAGCGCUUUAAAAGACAGAAUGUCCAUCAAGCCAAAGGGCCGUAAAGCUACCCGUCAGUCACGGAAGAAGAAAGAGAGUGCAUCUCCCCUGUCUCUGCCCAGUCUGAAUGAGGAGUCCCCUACGAGGUCAAGGCCAGAGGAAAUCCCCUCUCUGAAGCCAUCAGGAUCCCCAGUCACCAAAGAUGCAGUGAAGCCCACAGCUCUCAAGUCGGACGACAAGUCCCAGGUGUCAGCGUUUGGUCAGUCUCCGGCCAGCUCCUCUGGUUCUACCAAAGCUAAGGUGUCUUCCAUAACAGUUGCAUCAUCACCAGCAACAUCACCAUCGACAGCGGCGCCGCCUUCUUCUGGCCUGUCGUCUUCUCCACCAAAGGGGGUGACUGCUGCCUCCUCAAACAGCAGCACGAAGUUGUCGGGCUCACAGAGGUUCAGUGGUGUCUAUUCUCCAACGUCUGCAGGGGCCUCAGGGCCAGGCCAAACUCCCCAGGCCUCUAGUCAGACCACAGCUAACAGCAGCAGCAGCAGCAGCAGCAGCAACAACAUUCCUUCGGUCAGUUUAAGUGAGAAGAAGUCUGAUGUAUCAUCUGCCUCUGACAGAGGGGCGGAGGUCACAAGUGGCAGACCUCCAGUUGGUACCUCCGGCCAGAAACAGCAGCAGCAGCAAGAUGACGCAAAGUGUGCUGUGGAUAUUAAGGCAAGAAUGUCCAAUUUUCAAGCGUUUGGAGGGAGCUCCAAAUCGUCUGCCUCAGAGAGUCCUUCUCUGAAGGUGUCAGAUACGAACUCUAAUGUCACACUUUCACCAAAAGAGGACUAUAAACUGAAGCGACAGAACCGCAGUAAGACGUUGCCUGGGACAACAGAAGACCAGCAGCAGGCAUCCCCUCGAGUGCAGCGGGCCAGCUCACACAGAGUACAAGGCUCCCCAGCUAAGAUUGAGAUUUCCCAAAAAGAGCCUGUGGUCACCAUUUCAGAGAACAGCACCACUUCUGCUGCAUCUAUCGUAUCCACAUCAACAGCUUCUGCUACGUCAGGGCUUAAGACCAGCACCUCUUCCAGUGUGAGGAAACUGGACUCCUCUAGAUACUCAUCAGUGGACUCUGGCUCAUCAGCUUCAAGCGAACCAUCAUGGAUUAGUAUGGUGCGCAAAAAGAAAGAAGAAAGUGAAGCAGAGGUUGAGGAUGCUAAAAAUAAAACUGUCGACUCUGUUAAACAAGACUCUGCGAAGGCUGCCGCUUCGUCUGCUGCUAAAGCAGGAGGCAAUGCCUCCACUCCUAAAUCGGUGUUCAGCUCCUCAAGUUACUUAGAGAAAAAGAGAGGAAGUGUUGAUACGACCUCAGUGAAAGCGAAAGAGGCAAAUGAACAAUCUGUAAAGAAAACAGACAAUCCUUCAUACGACGGAAGUGCCAAGCGACCAAGUGUUGACGCUGGCUCCACUAAACGUCCGAGCAUUGAUAUUGGCUCUACCAGGAGAGAGAGUAUUGAGAUUAACAUUUCUGAGCUAAGUUCAGUAAAAGCUCUUAGCAGUACAUUUGGUAGUAGCAGUCGUGGUGAGAACACUAACCGAGUGGGGAGUCAGAAGGACAAUACAAAUACGGCUGGUUCUACUUCUGACAAAGCUAAGAUGUUUUCUUCAUCCGCUGGCAGCAUUUCCGGCAAUAACUGGUCUUCUAGUGUCAGUGAAGAUAAUGAGAAAAAGGCCUCAGAGAGCAGUGGAGUCAAACCUUCUGGUGUGGGUCACUUCCGUGGUGGUAGUGUCAAAACCUCGCCCACAAAGUCUAUUGAGGGUCGGUCUGCGUUCCCUAACAGAGGAGGCAGUGUUAAAGUUUCAUCCACUUUCAGUCAGUUGUCAGAACCACCAAGGACUGGAGGAGCGAACACAUCUGCUUCAUCCACAUCGAAACUGGAACAGAAAACAGACACCUCUGGAACCACAUCCUCAUCUUCAUCAGCAUCAUCAUCAGCACCUCACUCUUCCCAGCACGCAACUCAGUCAAAUUCUAGCACGUCUUAUCACGCACAGGCGGUAACAUCAUCUUCCUCCUCCUCCUCCUCUUCCGCUACCACCCCUGCCUCUACCUCCAGCUCCAAGAGUGGGCUGGGCACAUCUACUGGCACCAAAACCCAAACCAACACUGCUUCUAACUCUGCUAAACCACCCUCUGGUGUGCAAACCUCUGCGUCAUCAUCCUCCACCUCUGCAAACCCACCCUCCUCUUCCCAGUUUGGUGUGAAAUCCUCCUUUGCUUCAAGUUCCCCGAGUGUAAAACCUGUAAACUUCUCUGGUGUGAAGUCUUUAUCCUCCUCCUCAUCUCCGGCUUCGGGCAAUGUACCCUCCUCUGCUUCAGUGUCAUCAUCGUCAAACCCUGUAGCUGCUUCAGUGUCGUCAUCUGUUACACCCUCAAAAUCAUCAUCAUCAUCAUCAUCUUCAUCAUCAACAACUCCCUCUGCCCGGGCCAGCUCAGUGCGGUCACACUCCUCCUUUGUCUCCUCCCCUGCCUCCCGCCCCCAGCUCUCCACCACCUCCCCGUCCCUGUCGUCUCGCUCCUCUGGCAUCACCAAAUCACCCUCCAUGAAGGCCACAUCUACCGGUGCUCCGGAGAAGCAGGAGGAGAAGACGACCAACACAGCCAAAGUUCCUGCCUGGAGGGCCAACCUGCAGAAGAAGAAUGAAAUGAAGAUUGAAAUCAUCGAAAACUCAUCCUCAUCCUCAUCCUCUUCUUCUCAAAGCAAAUCUGAGAAUUUGAAAAAGAACAAUGAUAAUUCACGCGUGGCUGAAACAGCAAAGAAGACGGACUCACCUGCAACUGGAAGUGCACUCUUGCAAUCAGACAAAGCGUCAAACAGAUCUUCCAAAGUGUUGGACAUGGUAAAGAACUUCCAAAACCUUCAGGUGUCUUCAUAAGGCAGGAGCAGGGCAUGGAUGUGGAUUUUUGAGUCAGUCUGUUGCAGAGUUUUUGCUUAUUUGUAGUUUGUUAGUCAGUUAGGUUUGUAUGUUAUGGGGUUGUUUUUUUUUACAUUCUUUGAAUUGUCAGUGAUGUUUAAAUUUUCAAUGAGUGUUGAUGAUUAUUUUACUUUCAUUGAUUCAUUUUAUCAUCUUAUUGAUUUGAUUCUACAUUUGCUUUUUUUUGCUUUUGUGCACAACUUUUUUCGAUAUUAUUUGUAUGCAUUCGUUAAAAAAGUUGAUGUCAGCUCCAGACCAGUAGAAUUUUCCUUUAGGAAGGAAAAGGUAAAGACCAGGAGAUUGACUUUAAACUUAAGCUGCAUAUGGUUUCUUGACAUAAAGGUAAUAGCAAGUUUAUGAUGUGUAUUAAUUUACAGUCUCUGUAAUGUCAAACAUUAUUGAUUUGUUUGUAUGUAAGUUUCCUAAGUUAUAAAUCUGUACAUUCUCUCCGAACAAAAUAUGAAACAGUUAAGGGAAGUGUUAACGAAAGCCAUUAAUGACACUAGUUUGUGUUAUACAUUUUAAUUUUGCCUAUCUGUUGAAACUCAAAGUUGUUUGCAAUGUUGCCAUGGAUUUCAUUGCUUUCUGUCAGUAAUUAUCGAAACUUCAAAUUGUUAACAGUGAAAUGAUGUAAGUUUUAGACCAUGACUCCAGGUGGUUUGGGAUUGUUGAUAAUAUUAUGCUAGCAAAAAGAAGAGUCCUAACAGUUUCUUUGUUUUAAUUCACAAAGUUUCUAAAAAGGUACAGAUUUCAUUUGUUGUAUCAGUAUACACCAUUGGUUUCUGAACUGAUCAGAUAUUCUGAUUGUAAUGCUGAAGACUUUCAUUUCAUUGUACUCAUUUCUUACAGUUUAAAGCAUCCAUGCUAGACUGCCUUAACUUCUAAGCAGAGCAUGAUUAGACCUAAACCAAUUUUUUUAUGUCCUUGCGACUAGCUUUUUCUUAUGGGGGAUGUUAUAGACUCAUAAGAUUUCACCCAAGUUUUCAGACAUUUAUCAGUUUUUCAGAUUAGGUUUCAAUUUUAACUGCUUACACUCAAUUUAUCAAAAUAAAAUGCCUGAAGCAUUUCUGAGUAAUAUUGCAGGACCAUUAACUUUACAUUAAUUUGUGCUGGAAGAUCAAGGGGCCAAAGCACUCACCAAAUAUUUUCUGUAGGGGACAUUCCUGUGCUACAUUUUUGCACUUUUCUCAUUAAUCAUUAUUUGUAUUUUUUUGCCAGUCUGAAAUUUGUUGUAUAAUUACCUGCUCACCUAGUGUUAAUUUUACGCUUAUUUUACUUUUCCAUAAGAUGGACAACUUGAUUAGCAACAAUGCCUUGAAUGUACUAUGUUAUGAUCUGCCUGAACACUGAAAUGAUGAACAAACUGAACGUUUUGUUUGAAUAGGUUUCUGAGAGAAGCCCCAUGAUUUCAUUUUCAUUGCUUUUAUUUCUGUACGUCGGCUUACAAAUAAAAGAAGUAUUUUUGAAUGCACUGAAAAGUACACAGCUUGUGUCCUGGAUAAUAAUGGAAACACGGAUACUUUUUCUAUUCCAGGUAUUUUUUUAAAACAAGUACCCAAAAAAUUUCUUUGAUGUGCUGCUCUUGCCCAUUAGCAGUAAUAGCAGGGAAAUAUGUUAAUGCACUCUCACUAUCAUCGUGACCAGUAUUGAAUUCAAGGAGCUGUCAGUGCUGCCUGUAUGUCAGUUACGGGAUUACAAUACUCAUCCGUUGCAUAAAAUCCAACUCUCUAAAACCAAGAAGUUUUGUCAAUUCACAGCUGCUGAAAUAAGAUGUGCUCAUUUUUGUUGAUAACUUUCAAAGACUACGAAGUUAAUGACUCGAAGAAUCACUUUAGUUUGUAUUUUUGGAAUGUUUGUCCUGUGAUGAGUUUCUUGAAGAUGCACCCUUUUGAGAAAGACUUACUAUUUGAAGUCAGGAGGUACGAAAAGACAGUUAUUCCAAGUGUUGUUUAUAUUGUAAAUUAUUUUCUUAUAUUGCCUACCAUUAUUGCAGGCUACUUUUUUUUUCUUAAAACUUUAUCACAUUCCUCAUUGAUGUCAGACAGUCUGAUGGUAUUUUUUACAAAUUCUUUUUUGUUGUUGUUUUUAUGGUGCAAGUGAUGUCAGUGUUGCAAUAAGGAAACUAUUGCAACAUAUUCCUCUUCAAACUUUUCUAUUUUGUAGAUUUUUUUUCUAGCAUUACUUUAUUUUUUUGAUUUGUAGGUUUUGUGUUCAGAGCUGUUUGUAGCCUCCUUUUUAAAUAACUUGACAAAGUUGAAAGGGACAUUAGACCCAUAAACUUAUCGGACCAGUAUGUAAAGAUGUUGAUGUAAUUCUUAAUAUUCACCUGGCUUCUUCAAAUUCUUUGCUCUUUUCAGUAACCAAUUCAGCAGAACCAUAUAUGCUGUUAGUUAAUUUUUAGUUAAGUUUAACAAUUUCCGUAAUAUGAAGCCAACAUUUAUCCAAAGUAUAGUUAAAUCAUAUUUAUUGCAGAGAAGAAAUGCUUCAUGGCUCUUGUAUCAUUUAGUAAUGUUAUAUCCUCAGUCUUUCCACAGGUAUUAACUUUAUGUAAAUUGUUGUAGUUAAAAGAUUCCAGAUGUAUUUCUUUAUUAGACAGACCAUGCAGUAAUCUCCCCUUCAGAUACAGUUUCAUCAAAUCACGGAGAGAUCAUAUAUAAUUUUGCUUUCGCAUUUUAAUUAAAAACUGAAAGUAAGAUGUCCUGUAGUUUUGGUGUGAGAACACCACUUGUGAGCUGACUUUUCUGAGUGGAUGGAAUGUUGGUUGUAUUCAGAUUAAUGAGGUAGACAUGUUCAGCAAAAAAAAAUUUUUCUUUGUUGUUUUUUUAUUGUAGUAUUUGACUGAGAUAAGUUAUUCAUUGUUUUUUGUCUUUUGAAUGUGGAUUCACCCCCCCCCCCCAAAAAAAAAGAACAAAAAAAA